UCAAAAAUCCCAGCCCUCACUUAAACUUUUUUUUGUUCAUGACACCUGCAUAAUUAAUAAGUAGUAGCAACUAAAAUUUAUCUUGUCUACCUGCACACGGAACGAGAUUCUUUAGUUAAGAAUCACUUCCACCUACAAGUCUAACGAAUCAAGAAUACUUACUACAGAAUAGCGGUGACGAGAAAGUACUGCUCCGUUAUAUUGUUUGUGUGUACUGUAUAUAUAUAUAUAUAUAGAAAGAGCAGCUUCAUUAAGAGCUUAUCGGGAGCAGCAAUGGAAGAAUCAUCAGCAGAUGAGAUUCGGGCUCCUCUCAUAAUCUCGAAAGAUGAAGACAUUAAUGAUGAUGAUGUUUAUGCACUAUCGAGCUCCAAAUCUAAUGAGGUCCACCAUGUAUACGACGAAGAAGAAGAAGAAGAAAAUUCGCCAAUCCCGCAGGUGGCACUUACGGUACCAACCACAGACGACCCUUCUCUUCCGGUCCUCACCUUCAGAAUGUGGGUGCUGGGGACGCUCUCCUGCAUCUUGCUGUCCUUUCUGAACCAGUUCUUCUGGUACAGAACCGAACCCUUGACCAUCACAGCCAUCUCGGCUCAGAUAGCCGUAGUCCCUCUGGGCCAGCUCAUGGCUGCCAGGCUCCCCAAAGGGGCCUUCUUCAAAGGGAGCCGCUGGGAAUUCUCGCUGAAUCCGGGGCCAUUCAAUGUAAAAGAACACGUGUUGAUAACCAUAUUCGCAAACUCUGGUGCGGGCACCGUUUAUGCUAUUCACAUAGUCACUGUUGUCAAGGCUUUCUAUAAACGGCACAUCACCUUCUUCGUGUCCUUGAUUGUUGUUUUAACAACUCAGGUGUUGGGGUUUGGAUGGGCUGGUAUUUUCAGAAGGUAUUUGGUGGAGCCGGCGGCCAUGUGGUGGCCAGCCAAUCUAGUCCAAGUCUCCUUGUUCAGGGCUCUCCAUGAGAAGGAAGAAAGGCCCAGAAGGGGUCUAACGCGAACCCAAUUCUUUCUAAUUGCCUUCAUUUCCAGCUUUGCUUACUAUGUAUUUCCAGGCUACCUUUUCCAAAUGCUAACCUCCCUUUCAUGGCUGUGUUGGAUCUUUCCUACAUCAAUCCUAGCCCAGCAGCUAGGUUCCGGCCUGAAUGGGCUGGGAAUUGGGGCCAUGGGGCUUGACUGGUCCACAAUCUCAUCCUAUCUAGGAAGCCCAUUGGCAAGCCCAUGGUUUGCCACGGCCAAUGUUGCUGCAGGAUUUGUGCUGGUCAUGUAUGCGCUGACUCCUCUAGCCUACUGGCUCGACCUUUACAAAGCCAAGACUUUCCCCAUAUUCUCCGAUGAGCUCUUCAAUGCCCAAGGCCAAGUUUACGACAUCACCGCCAUUAUUGACUCUAACUUUCACCUGGAUAUUGCGGCAUAUGAGCGAGAGGGAACCCUUUAUCUCAGCACAUUUUUUGCAAUGACUUACGGCAUUGGCUUUGCCGCUCUCACUGCUACCAUUACGCACGUUUGUCUUUUCCAUGGCAGAGAAAUAUGGGAGCAGAGCAAAUCAAGUUUCAAAGAGAAGAAAAUGGACAUACACACAAGGCUCAUGAGCAAGUACAAUCAAGUACCCGAGUGGUGGUUUUGGUGCAUUUUGGUCGCAAACAUUGCGCUUACAAUUUUUGUUUGUGAAUAUUACAACGAGCAACUUCAGUUGCCAUGGUGGGGCGUCCUACUAGCUUGUUUAAUCGCCAUUUUCUUCACUCUGCCUAUUGGCAUAAUCACUGCCAUCACUAACCAGUCACCGGGGUUGAACAUCAUCACCGAAUAUAUCAUCGGCUACAUAUAUCCGGGAUAUCCCGUGGCAAACAUGUGCUUCAAGGUGUAUGGAUACAUUAGCAUGUCUCAGGCCAUAACUUUCUUGCAAGAUUUCAAGCUCGGCCAUUACAUGAAAAUUCCUCCCAGAACAAUGUUUAUGGCGCAGGUUGUUGGAACUCUAAUAGCGGCUUUUGUGUAUUUGGGCACGGCAUGGUGGUUGCUGGAGACCAUCCCGGACAUAUGCGAGACAACAUCUUCUCAAUCAGUAUGGACCUGUCCAAGUGAUCGUGUAUUUUAUGAUGCAUCAGUAAUCUGGGGACUCAUCGGCCCACGUAGAAUUUUUGGAGAUUUGGGAACGUACGCAAUGGUGAAUUGGUUCUUCCUUGGGGGAGCAAUUGCUCCUCUUCUUGUGUGGUUGGCUGCUAGGGCCUUCCCCAAUCAACAUUGGAUUAAACUUAUAAACAUGCCAGUAUUGAUUGGAGCCACCGGAAGCAUGCCACCGGCAACUGCAGUUAACUACACCACCUGGAUUAUAGUUGGGUUCUUAUCAGGCUAUGUAUGGUACAGAUAUAGGCCAGAGUCUUGGCGACGCUUCAAUUACGUACUCUCUGGUGCAUUAGAUGCAGGUUUGGCCUUUAUGGGGGUUCUGCUGUAUAUGGCACUGGGAUUGGAAGACAUCACUCUCAGUUGGUGGGGAAAUGACCUUGAUGGUUGUCCUUACGCCACUUGCCCAACCGCUAAAGGGAUAGUGGUUGAGGGCUGUCCAGUGAUCUCCUAGUUGAGAUGAAUGAUCAAGAAAGCUGAUUUUACUUGUCUUGUAUGUAUAUAAUUGUGUCUUAUUCUAAUUCUUGGUUGCUUGAUCAAUGACGAAGGAGGAGGUAAGGAAGAGGUGGUUGGCCAAGGGAGUCGGGAUUGCAUUGCAUGCAUGCUAUCGAGACUGUAUGCAAACACACGAAGUUGGAAACACUACUGAACUGUAUGUUGCAUUUUGAGAAUUUACAGAAUGACAGGGAGAUGUUUGAAUAUUGCA